AUGACAACCUUAUGCAAUGACCUGAGUGCCGCGAUGAUUGGAGAGUUCAGCGGAGAUGAGAACUCUGAUUGCCGCGGCUGGGUGGAACGAUGGCUGGGCCGGGCUACGGAGAUUCUGAUUGCCACGAAGAGGAGAAUUGAUUUUGGUCAGAGAAGUGGAGGCAAGCUGAUGAGCGCUGGCUACGCGGUGGUGAGAGCUGGAGAUGAGUCUCACUUGUCUGUGAUAUGUCGACAAGGGAAUUAG